GUACGACCAUUACAACUGCUAUCACCCAUGGAACCUUCAGACGCGUUACUUGACCUGUGAUGACCCGUAUCCCGAAGGGGGACAUCGUCAUCUUCUUCGGCAGGUGGAUAAUGUGCAGAAAGCCAUCAAAAACAUGCGAAGUCUGUGGUUCGUGGGCAUCAUGGAGCACUAUAAAGCUUCUGUAUGCAUGCUGAUGUUUCAGCUGCAGAUGUCAACAGAAUCCUGUGACUGCGAGAGCCAAGCAACUGCCAAGCAAGUUCAUGAACGACACGGCGUGCCAGAUCAUGACAUUCGCGUUCUGCCGAGCACCGUGAGGGCGAAGAUAGAUGCAAUGACCGCAGCUGACAAAAUCCUUUACGAUGCUGCCCUGCAAGAAUUUCGCGAGCGCAUCGCAUACGUGGAGGCUGCUAUUGGCAAGACGAUUCUUUGCACAACGUAA